AUGGAGACGAGUGUUCGACUACACAAAUACAUUCUACCUGCACUCUGGGCUGAAUACGGGGUCCUCAAUGAAUGCAACUCAAUCGUGCUCUUCAGUCAUAGCCUUGGCAGUAUGUUUACCAUAGCGACAGCAGCUAUGCAUGCCAAGGACGAAAGUCCCUCUUAUGUACUAAGUGGAAUUAUUUAUUCCGGCCUGGGCGACCUCUGGCAGCCUCAUAUAAUGGAAAGCUUUCUCAAGAUGUCGCUUGACCCCAUGGGCCACGCAUUGAAUUCUCCCAAGGAGAAAGAUGCCACUAUGUUUCGCUCAAAUACCGUGCACCCCAGCAUCCUCAAGCUUACGGAGCAGCUUGAUGCACCAAUACCAUUGGCUGAAAUCCAGAGUUUGCCCGAAUCCUGGAUUCCCAGCUGGAAGGCAAAAUGGGCGGCACAUGUUCGAGUUCCCGUCAUGUACGCUGUAGCAGAGCAGGAGCCUUUCUUUAUUGUCUCGAAGGAGAGAUUAGAAGCAUGUACUAAAUCGUUCUCAGCUAGCCCUAGGGCUGGUGGUAGUUUCGUCCUGGGGGCACCUCACUGCAUGGAGCUGAGUUUGUGGGCGCAAGGAUGGUAUGCGAGGGUCUUUGGGUUUGCAAUAGAGUGCUCUUUGCAACGUGAAUGGCAGACAGCCAGCAAGUAG